CAGAGUGCACACAUUUGCAUCGGGUGGACGUAAAGCAUCCUCGCUACUAGGCUCCGGGUUGAUUCUUCUCCACGACUCCCACCGAGUCGGCGGCAGGACUUCCGAGGCGCGACGCCCGGCGCUUUGCAAAGCCGCACCUGGGAGGGGAGGUGAACGCCGAGGUUAGGCGAAGCAACGCGUGAACUUGACACCCUGCAGUCAGGUGGUGGAAAUUAACAGUUAUGCGCUCUCGGACAACCAGCCGCUGUUACUCCGGGCUAAAGCUUCCCCAGUAACCGUCCUCCCCCCCCCCCCCCACCGCUGCUGCCGCUGACAUCAUUCCGUGCGAUGACGACACCGAGAAGCCUGCGUAACUCUCUGCUGCCCGCCGGACCUUAAUGUGCUUUGAAAAACAUUUGCCAUGGAUGGCGAGCGGAGCAAUUGCAGGCCUCAAGUGACAGACAAUAGCCCGCUAACCUACCUAGCUAGCUAGCUAGCUAGCAGGCGGCUGCUAAGCUCGCUGUCGGGGCUGGUGCGCGUGAGAGAAGCCGCACUAAUAACGUCAAGCCUCCCCAGGUGGCUGUGCCAUGGAUCAGAAGGACGCGUCAGACCAAAUCACAGCGGCUUGCGGCAAGCGGGUGCUCCGCAGCCCGGAUCUGGCGUCGACGGAGCAGAACUCGCCGACACGGGAGCCCGCGGCUCGCACGCCGUCAGAAACCAAACGGAUCAGCGGCGUCUCCGGAGAGCCGGUCCGAGCCGAGGGAAGACACAGCAACGGCACCUGGGAGCCCGAGGCCGUGGUGCCGUUACGCAGCCCUGGCAGAGACGGCCCGUCUACGCCCAGCGGUAGCGUGGAGGAUGACAUGAGCUACGAGGUCCAGCAAGCCUACAAGAUAUUCACCGGCUUUCUGUCGGACAAGCACAAGGGGAUCACCGGCACGUUUCUGCAGCCCAUCGGCCACCGCGACGCGCAGCACGGCACGGAGGGGGCCCGGGGCCAGGUUCAUUCUCUGCUCCGGCAGUCGAUGUGCCUGCGUCGCAUCGAGGAGAAGUUUGUCAGCCAGCAAUACGAGAGCAUAACCGAGUUUGUGGCAGACUUCAGGCUGAUGUUGGAGAACUGUUACCGGUACUAUGGGGUGGACCACUGGGUCUCCAAGCAGGGUCAAAAGCUGGAAAUCAUGCUGGAGCAGAAGCUUACGUUGCUGUCAAGGGUGCUGCGAGAGAAGACGUCCCUGGCAGUGACCUCUAAAGGCCGUUUCGGGGCAGAGGAGGAGCGGGGCUCCGGGGGGACCUCCACUCGGAGGAGGCAGGCAUCCCGCUAUCUCGCCACCGUUAGCGGCGCGGGCCACGAGUCUGUCAUGGUACGGACGCUACGUCAGGAAGAACAGCAGAGGGUCAAGGAGGAGAAGAGGCAACGCGAGCUCGAGAAGAAAGAAGCCGAAGAGAUGUCAGCCAAGGAGGUGGAGGAGUGGGAGCAGAACCUGCUGUCCCAGGCUGCCCCCCACACGGUGGGCACGCUGUGGGAGCUCCCUGCCAUCGGGCACUUCCUCUGCCUCGCCCAGACGGCCCUCAACCUCCCCGAGAUCGUGUUCUUCGAGCUGGAGCGGUGCCUGCUGAUGCCGCGCUGCAGCCCGCUCCUCUCCAAGGUCAUGUCCACCCUGCUGUCGCCGCCGCAGAGGAGGGCCACCCUGCAGCGGCGGCCGGCGCUGCCGUACCGCCGCUGGGAGUCGGAGCUGAGGCAGCGCGUCGCCGGCUGGUACCGGGCCGUCGGCGCCUCCCACAAUCAGCCGCGGCACGCCGAGCAGCUGGGCCUCUGCCACCAGUUCUUCGGCGUCCUGGGAGAGGCCAGUCCGCUGGAGGAGACGCCCUUCCACCUGCUGCCCUUCCACCAGCGGGUGUGGCUCCUCAAGGGGCUGUGCGACCACGUGUACGAGACGCAGAAGGACGUGCAGGACGCCGUGCUGGCCCAGCCCAUCCACGAAUGCAGGGAGUCCAUCCUGGGCUACGACAGCAAGGAGAACGCCUACAUACAUUUCCCACAUUUCUGCGGCGCCGACCUGAGGAUCUACCGCCAGAGCCCCGGCGCCCCGCCCGCGUUUCCUUUCCCGUCGCUGCUGGUGAGGAGAGUGGACGUGAAACCGGCGACAGACGGGGAGGCGUCGGCCGAAGCCAAGAGCGAGGCGGACCCAGACGACGGCCGCGACGGCGCCCGGAUGGAUACGGGGGAGGAUUUUGGGAGCACAUCCGUGGGGGCGCGCGUUUUUAAAAAGGAGAACGGGGAUAGGGAGGAAGGUAAAGGAGUUCAAUCACUGUCGGCGAUGGAUGUUUCUCAGUCUGAAUCCUCCGACGGCGACUCCUGUGAAGACUCUAAAUCAGACGUAAAAAAACAGACAAACUCGUCAUCCGGGAGUUUGAAGGCGGAGGCUUCAGGUGUGGCACGGUCGUCUAAGCAGGAGCGGGUCUUCUCCUUUGAUUCAGAGCGCGCCAUCAAGGCAGAAGCGGCGGGUCUGAACGUAGCAGAGCACAGCUACACGGGCCGGUCCGCCCCGUCCGCCGUCACACCGGAGGAGGCGAGUCGCGCCUGCGGGCCUCAAACGCCUCCCCGUUCGGAUCGCCUCAAAGCCGACAUCCGUGACGCCAAGUCGGCUCGCUUGUCCCCCGAGGCCGGCCGACAGCCGAGCGAGGAGAGGGCGGACGACAAGAUCUGGACUAAGAGAAAGAAGCGGAAGAAAAAGCGAGCGAGGGAUCAGCCGCCGGGGGAGGAGAGAGAGGAGAAGCGGCCGCAGCCCGCGGACGGCUGGAGUCCGCCUCCUGCCGAGGCCGCCGGGGCCGUGGCUCCUAAAGUCGCCACAACAAUCAAGAGGAGGGAGAAGAAGAAGAAGGAUAAAACCGGAAAAAACCCAGAUUCCCUGAAAAAGAUUAAAGAAGAAUCGCCUCCCGCGGUUUCAUUCAAGUUGGUGUGCAGCAAUCUAGAUGAACUGCGAGAGCUGAUCAGUAAGACGGAGGACGAGCUCGACGAACUGGAGAGCAUGAAAAAGAGACUGGGCCGAUGGUACUACAAGAAAGAAGCCGUGAAAGAGCUCCACAGCACUCUCAUCAGACUCCUGAACGAACUUUUACCCUGGGAACCCAAACUUGUCAAGGCCUACCAAAGAAACAGGCUUCGCUUAAAGAAGGAAUGCGACGAUUUUAAGAAGCACCCAGAGUACAACAACUUUGUGCGUGAGGAGUGUCUGUCUUCCUCGUCGUCCUCCUCCUCCUCAUCAUCAGAUGACGACGAGGAUGAUUACGAGGAAACAGACAUGGAGAAAAUUCACCGUGCAGAUCUGGAAGAAGAGGACCAGGAGCACGUUGUUCCCAGAGGCCUUUGGAGUGGAGCGAGCAACAGAGAGUCUGCUGCAGACAAAGCGGUGACCGGCGCUCCUGCAGACGGCACGGAGAGAGGUUUCACUCUGUUGCCAGGAGCUCACGGCGUUUUCCACCCUGUUGCUUCUGCAGACUGGAGAAGAGAAGCGACGCCUGGACCCGUCCCGCAAAGUCCGUCAGGAGAUCCGUCGUGGGCAGCCGGAGUCCCGCCGCACUCCUCGGCGUCCCCCGUCCUGAACCCGACGUGUAAACUGCCCCCGGGCUACACGCCCAUCCCCACCCUGCUGGCUAAAAGCGUGGGCAACAAAGUGACCUUGAUGAGACGACCGACACAUUUCCCGGCUGCGUCCACUGCGGUUUCUCUGCCCAACUCCGCAGUGACUGAUCCAAAAGCACAAAGUUUCCCAUCUGGUGGCAACCAGGUGUCCCGACAGGCGACGGCCAAAGCACCACUACAGACAGACGCGCUUCCCAAAGCACCACAGGGCACGCCGUCCCAAACUGAGCCGCAAAGUCCCGUCCAGGUGGUGUGUAAGGUGUCUGGGGGGGUGGGUCACCUCGUCAAAACAGACGGCAGCAGCCAAGUCAGGAUCCCCGCUCACUCUGUUGUGGACAAGACUACUGUAGAAAAGGUUAUGCAGCAGGUAUUGUUUCUGCCUUCCACCCAUCUUAUUCAAAAACACGAGGCGAAGGCGGCCCCCGGAAGCCCCCAGCAUCCCAAUGUCCUUCAGGGCGCAGCCUCCAAGGCGGCCGCUCCUGUUUGUAUGUCGACCGACGUGCCUGGGUUCAGCAUUCCCGACGGCAGGAUCCCUGUUCAGCAAGUAGCCCCGCUCGCAGAAGCAAGGAGGCCGGGGAAUCCUGCUCCCGCCGGUCCCCCUACGCUGCAGCCGGGGGCCCCCAACCCCGUCAGACUCAAGGGGCCACAGGUUUGCACCGUCAAAGCCAGCACUGUGAAAGGCGGCCCGCCCGGCCCGUCCGCCGAGGCCGACAGGCUCACGGAGCCCAAGCAGGAGCUGAAGACCGUGUGCAUCCGCGACUCCCAGUCCAUCCUGGUGACGACCAGGGGGGGCAACACGGGCAUCGUCAAAGUCCAGACGUCUUCAGAGCAGAACUCGCUGGGCUCUUUCCCUACAAGUCCUGUCAUCACGAUAUCGCCUCAGUUAAAAGCCUUCCUGGUAUCCAAGACGUCGCCUCCCACCGCUUCUGUUGCCGCUCAGACAUCCCUAGCGUUGCCCGCCCCCGGCCCUGCACCCUCAGUCACGAGUAGCAGUCAGACAAGAGGGCUCGCAGGCAAGACGGGCGCCGCCGCUGCUUUGAGCCGAUUCUCCGGCGUUUCCACUGCCGUAACCAAGAUUUCCCCGCCGGUCAACUCACCCGCUUGCAGUUCUCCUUUCCCGCCUUCAGCGUCGAAGAACCCGGCGGUCGCCCCUUCCCCGAGCAGUUCCGGUGUUUCAAACGAACCCGCCGGCAGGACUGGAGUAAAACGGAGCAGUACAGAGGAGAUGUCCCAGUUCACUAAAUACAUCCUAGUCACUUCAUCUUCAAACCAUCCCGCGUCAAAGGAGACGCCCUCCUCUGGUUCAGGAGUCGUCGCCGUCGGCCAGCCGGCAGCGACGGCGGCCGGCGCCUUCAUGGGAGCCAGUCCGAAGCAGAUGACGGGGGCUGGAGGUGGACAAGCGCUGGUCGCGCCGUUAUCAGGUCCGGCUGUGAAAAUGGGGACAAGUGCAGCCAAACCUGUCGCCUGUGUGAGCUCAGAGCCGUUGGCCAGCGGCUGUCCCCUCCAAGCAGGUGUUGCACUCCCGUUGUUGGGAAAGUCACCAACAAUGGGGCAGACCGUCGUCGCUCCGUCUCACUCCCCCUCCAAGGCCUCGCCCCUGCCUCCGUCAGGCGCUCCCACAGACGCCGCCUCUGCCGGACCGGCCCCGCUAACAAACUUAUUUACCGUCACGAGUUGUUCCCCCCAGCUCGACGCUCGCACGUCUCUCCCGGCUCUUUCGCCGACCCAGGCCGCUCCUUCCACCUCCGUGAUCUCGCAGACGAGCCGCCCUGCCGCCCACACCGCCGCCACUCUGCUCGCAGAGAACGUAAACGGCAAAGAACGCCGUGUCCCUGCAGCUGCGCUGUCCAGCAGCUCUGCGGCUCAGGUAACCACGAGGACGGGGGCGUGCACAGCCCAAACGCGCGCAGCCUUUCUUGACCAGAAGCCUUUGCACGGCAAAAGCGCCACGGGCGAGUCUGGCGCGGCCACCUGUAAUACAACCUCUGCACCCACCGCCCACUCGGCGACCUCGACCUGCGCGACCGGCCCGGUUACACAAAGGAUAAUCAUCAACACUUCCACGCACCUUACAGCUGGAACCCAAAUCGUCCUUAAUAACGCAUGUUUUGUAGUCCCGCCCCAGGGUUUGGCUCCCGGCAGCCAUGUCCUCAUCAUCUCUAAUCCUGCUCCACAAGUGCCUGCCACCAGCGCUGAGGCAGUUUUACCCCCUAAAGGGACGAGCCCCGCCGCCACCAUAACUCCUCAGGCGCCUGGUUUAUCCCAGUCUGCAGCCAGGCUGCCCGGCAUGCCCGCCGUAAGCUCCCCGUUUGUAGCGUGCACGCCUGCGCUCGGUCAGCCGUUGCUGCCAAGCACUCCUCACGUCGCUCCGUUCAGACUUACAGGAGCGCCCGGCGCGGGCUCCGCACUCAUUCCCAGUAAGACCAACGUGGUGUCGGCUCUGCCCAGGCUCCCGCCCGCCCACGGAUGUAACUUUGUGCUCCCUUCGGUAUGUGCGUCCGCUCUGAUCUCCUCGCCGCCACGCUUAGGCAGCGUACCCGUCUUGCCUUCGCCGGUUAAAACUACAACUCCUUCCCUCGGUUCAGCACUUCCUACAGUCAGGGUCACCGGUGGUACAGGGACAAAAACUAUUUAUUCCUCCGCCGUAACGUCUGCAGUCUCCACCUCCUCGCCCAGGUUGCCAGAAGCUCUGUCCGCCCUGCCCGUCUUGCUCAGCUCAUCAGCCGGUGCCUUUCACAGCCCCGUCACGCCGGCUCCUGCAGCCGUCUCCGCCGCUUCCCCGAUAACAAACACAGCGGCUUUGCGUGGGGACUCAGUGCAGGCAGGACCAGGGAAGGUGCCGACCAGGACAACGGGGCCGUUUGUUCAUCCCGUGCUCUCUGGCGCCCGGACACAAGAGCUGCCGACGGUGGCCGUCCCGCCGAUCUUGAGUCCAGCGGCCAGGAGCCAAGCACUGCCCGUCGCCACCGUUCCGCCGAUCGGGAGCACCACCAUCAGCACCUUCGAAGCGGCUCCACCAGCUAGCACCGCGCUAAUUACUCCGCCUGUCGCGUCGCCGGUGACUAAAAGCACCGUCAGUCCGCCUGUUUUAUCGACCAACCAAGCACUUAGAGCAAACCCUGUGCAGACGUCGGCCUCUGGUCUGAAUGCCAAUUCCCCAUCCAAGCUGCUCAUCAGCACCGACGGCGCCGUGCUGAGCGCUGUCCGGUGCCAGGUGGACCAACCAGGGACGACCGCGUGCCCCAAACCCCGGGACGCUCUGGUGGUUCCUCCCAACGGCUCCAGCGGUUUACUACAAACACGCGAUUCCACUUCACAGCCUCGUCACGGCGACGCGAAUUAAAGCAGCGAAGAAAAAAAAAAAGACUCGUUGCCUGUACUAACGGCCGCUCCGGGCCGUACUUUGGAUCCACAUUUAGCACCAAGUAGAUUUUGCAGCCUGAUUUUUCUAUGAUAUUUCAUACGAAGCCUGCUGAAAACACACUAAGACUUUGGGCUGCGUCGGGUUUCUGGAGUUCAAACUGAGACAUGAAUGUUGCAGCGCUGUACCUCUUGGCCAGUUUUAACAAAUCAGUGAGGUGGGGGAAUAGUUGGGAUAAGUUCAGCUUUUUAGAUAACUGUUCAACUCGUACUGGUUUACUGUUGUUGCUUUAUCUCAUACUAAGUACAACUGCCUACAUUCUUUUAUGUCUGUCAUGUCCUGUUUUUUUUUUUUUCUCCCCCAAAUAGUAAAUUUAAAAACAACACUUUUUUGUAGAAAUAUAAACUAAUAGAUGGAAUUUUUACAACGCGUUUUUUGUCCGUUUAACUGUUUUGGAAUCACAUUUAUUUAUUUUUACCAUAUAGAUGAAAAAAAAAAAAGGUAUUUACUAGGUACAUUUUCAUUGAACAGCUAUGGACAUUACUGCAUGGAAAUAAACGAUGCAUCUGUCCCAAAA